GCGCCUGUGUGUGUAUGUGAAUGUGAAAGAGAGUGAGAGAGAGAGAGAACUGUGCACAGCAAAGGUCAUCCAUUGAGUUAAAGUAGUAUAUAUAUAAAUACAUAUACGCAUAUGUAUAUAGUCAGUGAAUGGAAUAAAUGAUUCAAUGAAUGAAUGAAUGAGUGGGUUUCAAUGUAUAGACAAUCAGAAUUUGGAUUCUUGAAUAAUAAUAUAUCUACUGAUAUCAUUAAUCAGUAGUAGUGGUGAUAUUACUGUUGCUUAUAAUAGAAAUUCGUGGUAUUUUAAUCAACUGCAUUAUACAAAAGGAUUAUUAUUAUUAUUACUCUUGAUCACUGAUCAUAUUUGAAACAGACAAAUAAAUAAACAAAUAAUAUCGAUCACAAAGAACAAGUUUAUUUGAUAAAGGAUCUAAAUAUGUCGUCUACCCUGAAAUCUGGUUUUAUGGAUAUGGAUGAUUAUGAUUUUCGAUCUGUAAGAUAUACACGAAGCUGGGUGAUUGCUGGUUUCAUAAUCUUGGCCGUAGCAAUUGCUUUAGCAGCUGCAUCAAUAGCUCUGCCAACAUUUUUACUGGUAAAUCCUACAGUUUUUGACGCAACAAAUGCUGAUUUAAACAAGGCUAGAAGUUUUGGUUAUACGCAAGUGUGUUUUACUUCAGAUAAUACGUGUCAGUAUCGCAAUCCAAAUCUAGUGAAUGAUGAAUUUUCAAGUCUAAUGACAAAUUUACGUCUUGCUGAAUUGGCUAUGCAUGCAAUUGGAAUAAUUAUAAUGUGUAUAUGCUUUAUUGCUGCACUGGCACUAAUUAUUGUCUGGUACAAAAAAGAGACCGAUAAUAGAUGCUUUCAAAUCUGGCGAUUACUUAUUGGUAUAUUUUUAAUGUUAGCUGGAUUCUGUUUACAAAGUUCAAUAAUCAUGAUUCAUGUUGAACAAUUCCAAGACAAAUAUGGUAAAUCAUCGGGUUAUCCAUAUGGAUUCAAUCAAUGGUCUGAGAGUCAACGUACUACAACAUCUAUAUCCUAUGGUUCUGCAUACAUUCUUUUGUGGCUUGCAACUCUUUUGUGCUUUAUAUCAGCAUGGAUAUUUUUAGGCACAUAUUGUUGUUGGACAGCAGAUAACGUGGAUGACGAUGAUAAUGAUUAUCAACCAUCUUUACCAAGAUUUUCAACUGAUUCUGACAGUAUGAGUAGACGAGGCACUGAAUCAUCAGUUAUCUAUCGAGACAAUUAAUUGACUAACAAUCAGACUAACAAUCCGUCGACAACAGAAAGAUUCCUUCUGUAGCCUUUACUAAUAUAAGAAGUUACAUCCAUUUUCACACAUUAUUCUACACUACUUUUCAAAACAAAAAAUUGUUUUUUGUUCCCUGUUUGUUUGUUUGUUUUAAAUGUUUUACAAAGGAAAAAAAUGCAAAUGUGUGUGAGUCUAUUUUCCCUUCCUGAGCCCCUCCCCUUGCUCACAACAUUUCUCCCGAGUAUAUAUAUAUAUAUAUAUAUAUAUACGUGAAUAAUUCUUCUGUGAAUGAAACCAACAUAUCUUAUAUCUUGCUUGGUCUUCGGAAUUUACCUCAAGAUAAAUAAUGGAUCUAUAGAAAUUAACCAAGCAAAUAAUUAAUUAAUUAACUGACUAACUAACUAACAAUAAUUCAUUCACUUAUUUAUUUGUUGAUUAUAAUUAAUUUUUGGUACAUGCUUGCGGCUAACUUAGACAUGUUACAUACAAUGCACAAGUUAAUAUUGUUAAUAAAGUAAACAUAAAAGUUGUU